CCACGCGAACAUUCAACAAACCAAGCCGCCCACCAUAACCCUCUCGCAUUUCGAUUUAUUAGACCUUUCAGUUUUAAUUGAAGAUUAUGCGAUGGCUGUGAAGGCUUGAAUCUUCGGAUUUGGGUUACAUUUCAGCUCAGAGAGCGGAGUUUGAAGCAGCGCUCGAGUUGUGCCGACUUUCGACUUUUUUUGAACAUUAUCAAUAACGAUAUUAAUCUACACUACCAUGGAAUUGCACCGCUGUCGAUUCGUUCCUUACAACCCCCAAGCUAUUAAUGCACUCGAGUUCUCGCAUCCACCCUCGAAAGCCGGCGGCCAAGGCGCGCAAACCUUGCGCCUGGCUGUUGGUCGAGCAAACGGCGAUAUCGAGAUCUGGAACCCGCUUCGUGGUGCCUGGUUCCAAGAGACGAUAAUAAGAGGUGGAAAAGACCGGACAAUCGAAGGGCUUGCCUGGACACUUGACCCCGUGGAAGAUUCCCCAGAUGGAAGCGGUCUGAAACUUCCUGGUCGGUUACGACUUUUCAGCAUCGGUUACACAAACACUGUCACAGAGUGGGAUCUGGAGAAUGGAAAACCGGCUCGUCAUUCUAGCGGUAGUUAUGGGGAGAUUUGGUGUCUUACAGCCCAACCAAGAUUGACACCUGAAAACAACAAUAAACAGAAUGUAGCUGACGGCGAAUAUACCGGCCAGCAUCUGGCUAUUGGUUGCGCGGAUGGAUCGAUUGUUAUCUUGUCUACUGCUGAUAAUGAUCUGACGUUUGUUCGCCGCUUGCAAGCCUCUACGACCAAGAACGUGCGAGUGCUUAGCAUCACGUUUCAAAAUCGAAACACACUGGUGGCUGGCUAUGCAGACAGUUCAAUUAGAUUGUUUGACAUUCGAAGCGGGCGUCUUUUGCGAACGAUAUCCCUGGGAAGAGGCCCUGCAGGUGGACCGAAGAAGAUUUUGGUUUGGAGUAUUAAAACGCUUCCGGACGGCACAUUAGUUUCAGGUGACUCGACGGGUGAGGUUCGAUUUUGGGAUGCCAAGAAUUACUCCCUUAUCCAGCGACUACAAGGCCACAGAGCCGAUGUAUUAGACGUUGCAGUCAGCAUUGAUGGAGAUUCGGUGAUUAGUGGUGGAGCAGACCGUCGGACGGUACUUUAUAAGCGGAACGCUGGUAAAAAAAAUGAUAAAGCGCGUCGAUGGGCGGAAGUUAUGCACAGACGCUAUCAUACCCAUGAUGUGAAGACGUUUGCUGUUUACGAGUCGAAGGAUAUAAGCAUUGCUGUAUCAGGAGGACCCGGCGCAACUCUUGUUGUCUUGCCAUUGCGUGAAUUUGGCAAAGAACACCACCGAACAUUAUCAAAUCUUCCCCAGAUCUCUCAACUUGCCUCUUCAUCUUCCGAUAGAUUUAUUAUGAGCUUCUGGGAAAGAGAAGCGAGGAUCUGGCAGAUUGGGCAGAGGCCUGGAACAAACGCAGAAAACCAACGAAAUCAACUAGUAGGCAGGGUGCUGAUUCCGGGCGAUGAUAAUAUCACAUCGGCCACGCUUUCUUCUAACGGAAGUGUGCUAGUUGUUGCAACAAUGACUACAAUCAGAUUAUUCAAGCUACGCCAAGAAAAUAAUGAUGCUAAUGAGGAGGGAGAGGAUGAUGAGCUAUAUAUAGAAGACUUGAAGGUCCCUCGCCAGCUCUCAGAUAAUGGAGCCAAGGUUGUCUCCUUGUCCCCAGAUCUUCGAUGGUUGUGUAUCACUAGACCAAACAACGACAUUUACCUUGCAAAACUGUCUGAUUCAGAUUCUCCCACCGAGAAACUGCACAUCAAACCUACGCUAAUACACGUGCCACGUACGUCCAGAAAGACGACAUCUAUGCGUGGAGUAAACCAAGGCACACUCGGAAAGUACGACCGAUCAAUUCGCUCAAUCGCUUUUUCUAGUGACAGCAAGUUGCUCGCCACUGGGGAUCUGGCCGGCAAUGUGGAUUGCUGGGUACUAGAGGAUACCCCUGAAAACCAUCAAGCAUCAGCGGUCAAGAAGGUUCCAAAUGGAACAGAUUCAUCCGACGAUGAGUCGUCCGAGGAGGAAGAUGGAAAUGAAAGUAUCAUCGAUGGACAGCACUGGAAGGCUCUGCCGACCAUGCCAUCUCUCCGGGCUGGCAUUGCCUUCAUGUCAUUCCGCCCUCCAACUUCGACCUCUGAGUCUCAAGAACCAGCAACUACCGAAGAUCGUUUGGUCGUUGUCACUAGCACCCAUGAGCUAGUGGAAUAUGAGGCGUUGAAGGGCAAACUCUCGGAAUGGUCGCAGCAGAAUCCCAAAUCACACCUGCCCGAUGACUUCACAGGUAUCAAGGAUCGUGCCAUGGGAGGAUUCUGCGAUGUAUUCAAAGGCUCAACCAGAUUGCUUUUAUACGGACCAACGUGGAUGUGGAUAUUUGAUCUGACACGGAAUUUCCCAGCACCCAAAACAGCCACCAUCCCAGGAACAUCAACAGAUCUAGCCAAGACAUCGCCCAAUAAACGAAAACGGGUCGAAGAUGAAACGAGAGAAGAGCAACGGAAAUAUAAUAGUGGAGCUGGUGAUUUAAUCCCCGUAUCUCAAGCAUAUGUGUCUUUAGGCACGAAGAUCCGAAAAAUAGAAGGCAAGGAGUUGAGCAAUGCGCAAUUGGUCGAUACUGAGAAACAUCGUCAGCAACGGCAGGAUGUUGACGAGGAUGGAAACGACAACAGUAAUCCAUUCCACGUGUCUAAUGAACCUGACUUUGCCUAUAUUCGUCGAGGGAUCACCAAUGGAGAAAUCCCGUCAAUGCCUUCUAAGCGAUUGACAAACGGGACACAUAAGGAAGAUGAAGCUCCCCUUGACGAAACUGACCAGGGAAAUAACAGCGAUCGCAAUAACAGUCUUCAAAAAUCGUCACGCGAGAAUCAAUCAUCGAGUUCUUUGUUCUGGCACUCGCACAAGUUCCGAGAUAUUUUGGGUGUCGUCCCACUCGGCUCUCAAGGUGAUAAAAAAAAUAAAAACCUCACUACUGGGCAAAAAGCUGGCAUCAUCGAAAUCGCUGUCGUAGAGCGCCCCAUGUGGGAUAUCGAUUUAGGUGAUCGAUAUGUCAAGGAACAUGAAUAGAAUUAGAAGCUUUUCUCAUUUCUUCUUUCCUUGGAUUCUUCUAUUUCCUUUAAACAUAGUUAGGAAGGCACUAUCGUGGAGUCUACAAGCGUUUCUGGUAUUUCAUGGACAUAUCAUUUCAUUUUUGUUAUUCAUUUUUUUGAUCAACGCGGCGAAUGGUGCAUUUAUUGUGGCAUAUCUUAAAAGUUCAAAUUAUCUUCCCCUUUUCUCUAUCUUUCUUGUUAGGAAGAUACUUGUACGUUCAUGAUGGCAUGGCUUGCAUACUUUGACAGAUGGAGCAGUGUCUCAACACUGUUUUACGUAGCUAUAUAAAACAUGCAUGACUAAAAUCAUAGUACCUUCC